UUGUGAUCAUUCUGUCGUACGGUUGUCUGCGAUACGCGCUACUUGCUCAGUGCUUAGCGGAACUUUUCUGCAUCACCAGUAGUGAGCAUAAGCACACGAGCGUUGCUUCAUCUCUUACGCGAGUAUUACUGGGUGGCAACGGGAGUGGAUAAUUUUAGUUCCUUGGAAAUCGAGAAAACCCCUCAUUUUAUUCGGUUUGUUUUGUUACUGUGGCUGAUAUGAGUGGAAUGCUAAGACUACCAUCGGUUCUGGCCAGGAGCGCACUAUCCGCGGCUCGAGGGCUAUCAGCCAACUCCACCCAACGGGGUCUGCACUUCACCGUCGGGCAUAACAAUGCCAAAUCGAAUCCGGAUGCAAUUUCAAGCGAGUACCCGGUGGUCGAUCACACGUACGAUGCAGUGGUGGUCGGUGCCGGCGGAGCAGGACUUCGAGCUGCUUUCGGUUUGGUAGCGGAGGGUUUCAAAACCGCCGUCAUCACGAAACUGUUCCCGACGCGUUCGCACACCGUUGCAGCACAGGGGGGAAUCAAUGCUGCACUCGGAAAUAUGGAAGAAGACGAUUGGAAGUGGCACAUGUAUGAUACAGUGAAGGGAUCCGAUUGGUUGGGUGAUCAGGAUGCUAUUCACUACAUGACACGGGAGGCACCGAAGGCUGUUAUUGAGUUAGAAAAUUACGGAAUGCCAUUUUCCCGCACGACCGAUGGUAAGAUUUACCAGCGUGCAUUCGGAGGUCAAAGUUUGAAAUAUGGAAAAGGUGGUCAAGCACAUAGAUGCUGUUGUGUAGCAGAUCGUACUGGACAUUCUCUGUUGCAUACCUUGUACGGCCAGUCUCUGAGCUACGAUUGUAACUACUUCAUCGAGUAUUUUGCUAUGGAUCUGUUGAUGGAGAACGGACAGUGUGUAGGUGUGAUUGCCCUAAAUUUGGAAGAUGGCAGCAUUCACCGUUUCCGUGCUAAGAACACUGUUCUAGCUACAGGUGGCUACGGUCGAGCUUACUUCUCGUGUACUUCUGCACACACAUGCACUGGAGAUGGAACUGCUAUGGUUGCUCGUGCCGGUUUACCUUCUGAAGAUCUUGAAUUUGUUCAGUUUCACCCGACGGGAAUUUAUGGUGCUGGUUGUUUGAUCACAGAAGGCUGUCGCGGAGAAGGUGGCUAUUUGGUUAACUCACAGGGUGAACGAUUUAUGGAGCGGUACGCUCCUGUGGCCAAGGAUUUGGCCUCCCGUGACGUCGUGUCUCGCUCGAUGACUAUUGAAAUCCGUGAAGGACGAGGUUGUGGUCCGGAAAAGGAUCACGUAUACCUACAGCUUCAUCAUCUGCCACCAGAUCAGCUUGCUCAGCGUCUCCCUGGUAUUUCGGAAACUGCAAUGAUUUUCGCCGGUGUUGAUGUAACCCGUGAGCCAAUUCCUGUUCUGCCUACGGUCCACUACAACAUGGGCGGUGUUCCCACCAACUACAAAGGACAAGUGCUUACCGUUGACGCUAGUGGAAACGAUCAGGUUGUUCCCGGUUUGUACGCUUGCGGUGAAGCUGCGUGUUCCUCGGUGCAUGGUGCCAACCGUUUGGGAGCCAAUUCACUGCUAGACUUGGUUGUGUUUGGUCGAGCUUGUGCUAAAACGAUUGCAGCCGAAAAUCGUCCUGGUGAAAAAAUUCCUAGUUUGCCAUCAAACGCAGGAGAAUUCUCGGUUUCGAAUCUAGACUCUGUCCGUUAUUCCAACGGCAAAGUUCCAACUUCGACUCUUCGGCUGAAUAUGCAGAAAACUAUGCAAACACAUGCGGCCGUAUUCCGUGAAGAAAAAACCCUGCAGGAAGGCGUUCGCAAAAUGGCCGAAAUCUACAAGUCAUUUAAGGAUGUUAAGGUUUCCGACCGGUCACUUGUAUGGAAUUCCGAUCUGGUCGAAACGCUCGAGUUGCAAAAUCUACUGCUUAAUGCCAACAUGACCAUCGUGGCCGCAGAAAACCGAAAGGAGUCCCGUGGUGCCCACGCAAGAGAAGAUUACAAAGUUCGAAUUGAUGAAUAUGACUUCUCGAAACCUUUGGAGGGCCAACAGAAAAAGUUGAUGGAAGAGCACUGGCGUAAACACACGCUCUUGUGGAUUGAUCCGCAAACUGGUAAUGUCAAAAUCAACUAUCGCCCGGUGAUCGAUCAUACUCUCAGUGAGGAAUGCAGCACCGUGCCACCGGCGAUUAGGUCGUAUUAAACAAGUAUUGAUCCCCCACAAACCAAGCUAUUAUCAAUUUAAAACAAAAGAAUGAACAUCACAGCUAUAGAUCGAGAGCAGAAACAGUUUUUGAUAAAAAGAAAAAUGGAAGAAAGGCUACAAAGUUGACGAUAGCCGGCGAGACUCACAUAAGAGUAUUAAAUCUAGUAUUUGGGUACCUAUUUUUGCUUGACGAGUGGAAAAUUGAUAACGAGUUGCAGAUUGAUAACGCGACGUGAAGGUGUGUUUUAUUUGGACAACAUGACUUCAACAGGUCACACAUCAUCAGUAGGAUUGCAAAUUGUCAUUGAGUUCAACUAUUUCUAUUCAUCGGCGAUGAUUUUCUCAUUGGUAGAACACUGUCAAAAUUGUACUUAAAACUAGAAUAACAUGAAUGGCUUACAUAGUUUUCGAAAAAAUUAUUUAUUUUAAUCCUAAUGUAAAAUUGAAACCCUGUAGUGAUGAGCAGAUCUUCAGUCCAUUAUAUAUGAUAUGUGAAUUUUCAAAAUUAAUUACACAUCUGACACGCUACGAUUAAUUUAACUCUGCAAACAAUUGUUCUUGUUUUGCCGAUCUUUUCCGCAAUCUUUCAUAUUAGAUUUAAGCAAGAAAACAUGAGAAAAUAAAUGUGCUGAACACAA